AGUCGCCGCGGAACACUGGCGCGUUUCGAAGGUGUGUUGUUGCUUCGUCUCUACAUGCAGUGUUUGCGUGAUAUUCGUAAAUAAAACCUGUUUCGCUAACAUAAGGUGGAUUAAAAAGUUACAUACUGUCAAUAAUAAUAAUCAGCUGUGUAUUCUCGUGAAUUGGAAUUGCGUUCUAUAAAGUUUUGUGUAUAAGUGAUUUCGAAACAGUGACAACAAGUUUUUUUGUGUUGUAUUAUUUGGUCCUUGAGUUGGAGGCUUUAUCAUCGACAACUACAUUCUUCGUAUUCGACAGUGGUCAAGAUCUAAGGGCAACUCUGUCUGAUUCUACCGGCGAACUGCUAUUUUUAAGGUGAAAGUCCCGGCGGCCAUGAUGGCGCCCAGUGUAUUCCAAAGGACAAAGUCACCACGAUCUUCACCAGGAAACCUUCCCAGGAAACUACAGAAUGGUAUGGAGGCAGCAGGGCAAUCGGAGCCGGCAGCAGACUCCAGUCCCGGCAACUCAAUCUCAGACGCAGAAAACUUCGAAUGCUACGGCGAAGCUGAUGGUGACGCGCCAACAAACACAGUGGAGAAUGGCACCAGGAGUCCCGGUAGUCACCUGAACAGACAUUCAUGGACACGGACUAGUCUACGACGGACGCCUCCCAGCUCUGGGAAGCGGCAAAUUGGCUCCAAUGUCUUAGCAAGCCAAUUGUACCGAUCGUCGUCAUUCAACUCAUCCGGCUGCGGGUCGGGAGGGGAACCAGCUGACGACAUGUACUCCGAUGUCUCACUAGAAGAAGACGUCCAAGGUCUUAAUUACAAGGUGCAGUUAUUGCAGCAGCAAGUAACGUCUUUGGCCGACACGCAGAGUACAGCGGACGAGCGGUACGCGAGGGCGAAGGCCGACAACGCAGUGCUUCAGGCUCGCGUGCACAUGUUCGACGAACAAAUACGAGAGAUCGAGUGCAGGUGUGAGGAGCGCAUCGCAGAAGAACAGAAAAGAUGUCGUGAAGCGAUCGCUCGAGUGGAACGCGAUAGAGAUGCUCAACUGGUAGCCCUCAAUGACAGGCUAGCCACAGCUGAAACGGAGGCUUCUGAUCUCAAACAAGAGGUGGGAAGGCUCCGAGGUGUAGCUGAAACUCUGAGAGCGAACGCCGAUAUGGCAGCUCGUGCACACCGCGAAGCCCAAGAGCAAGUAGGGGAGCUGGCUGCCCAACUGAAUGCGGCAAGAGAAGCCGAGAGAAGGGAAAGGGAAUCUGCAGCUGCCACGGCCGAGCUACUGGCCUCUGCUAAGUUAGAGUUGCAGAGGCUAAGGGAAGCGCCUCCACCGCCGCCAGACCCUCGUCUCGACGAACUGAGGAAGGAAUUAACGCUGCUACGGACUCAGAACAAAUCGCUAUCGGAAGCACAAGAAGAAUUACAAGCACAGAUCCUGACACGAGGAGUAGAAGAAGGCCGCAGCCUCCUCGAUGGCGUCAGUGGGCCUCUCGUCGCCACCAAUUCUUUAGCACACGAGCUCUCGCAAAUGAGCGAUGACGAGCUCGAUGGUAGCGAUACACAAACAGAUCUCAGCAUAGAGAUGGAAAAGUUGCAGAAAGCUUUAAAGGAACAACAGGACGUUAACGUGCAACUGAGAAAUUACAUCGAUGGUAUUCUGUUGGCUAUAGUAGAAAACUACCCUCAAUUAUUGGAAGUGAAAUAUCAAAAAGAAGUAGGUGAAAAAUCAUAACAAAAUUAAUAAAUUUCAAAUUUCUCAACUUUUUAGUAAUUUUCUGUUAAUAAAUAUUAUAGUCGCAUUAAAAAGUGUUCAUUGAAUUAAUAAAAAAAUAUUAAAAGGACUCAAUGAAACAAGCGAAGAAUAAUAUUCUCAUAAAUUGUUACUUAUCGAUAUAUUGAUUAAUAUUAAUUAGUGUUUGUUCUGUGAUAAAAAUGAAGCAGAUUAUUAAUUAAAGAGUAAUAAUUUCAUUGAUAUAAUUUGAGUUUAAUGAAAUAGUGGUAUUUAUUAGUAAUAACAUACAAAAAACCUAUCCAUUAAUUUUUAAAAUAAAUAUUCGAAUGUAAAUAUUGUGAAUAGAUUUUUUACAAAAAAAUAUUGUUCCUCUUAGCUAUCUCGGCGCCUGUAGCAAAUGUUGCAGUGCAGAUUUUAUAGUAAAAAUCCUUCCUAUGCGAAAUAUACAGAUCUGUCGAUAUACAAAUAUGUUAAUGAAUGUUUAACGUAAUUAACUAAUGAUAAAACAGAGGCCAAGCCGUCCAUGAAUAUUGUGAACUACUUAAAGCAAUUAUUAUGAAAGACUGGGUGUGUAUGAAUUUGGGUGCGACUUUUUGGUAUUUUUAUCUAAAUAUUUACGUGUUACUUAAGAAGAAUUCGAAAUGCCUAAAGCCAUUUAAAGAAGUUUGAAGCUAAUGUAAGGAUAUUGCUUCGAAUUAGUACCUAAACCGUGUUUGAUAAAGAUAAGGGAAUAGUGUACCUAUAUUUUUACAAUGAGAUAUUUAUAUUGUUAAGAUUUAAUUUAGGUAUAUGUAUAGGCAUUUGUGUACAUUUUGAUAACAUGAUUAAUAUUGUAAAUUU